AUGCAGACCUCACUUCUUCACGAACUAGUUAUUGGAACUCCAAUCAUAUAUGACCAGUUUCAAAAGUCGGAUAACAGAUACUUACUUGAUUCUGCCUCUCAUCAAUGUCAAUAUCCAUCCAAACAUCAAAGCAUAUGUAGAGCAAGUUCUAACCAGAAAAAGCGCAGCAGGAAGGCCGAUAGUAAUUCUGAAACUUCAGCAAGACUUGGAACAAACAUAUCGGAAACUAUAAAAAGGAAGUUGAGCUUAGGGGCAAGAAUUCUUCAAGUGGGUGGAGUGGAGAAAAUGUUCACAAAGUAUUUUAGCGUGAUGGAGGGGGAGAGGCUGUUGAAAGUUUGCCAUUGUUAUCUGUCCACCACAUCUGGCCCUCUAGCUGGUCUCCUCUUCAUCUCCACUGAAAAAGUUUCCUUUUGCAGUGACAGAUACAUAAAAGUCUUUAAUCAGAAAGGUCAAAUGUGUAGGAUCCGCUAUAAGGUUGUCAUUCCAGUGAAGAAGAUAAAGUGUGUGAAUCAAAGUGAAAAUGUUGAGAAACCAAGACAGAAGUACAUAAAUAUAGUUACAGUGGAUAAUUUUGAUUUCUGGUUUAUGGGUGUCUUCAAAUAUCAGAAAACUAUCAAAUAUCUGGAGCAAGCAAUUUCACAAGUUUAG